CCGAGAAUACUAUACAAAGGGGAUUUCGUGUAUUCUCCAAAAGAUCUAUAUUUCCAGUUCUUACUUUACCUUGAAGGAGGAGCAACUAACCACACAAGAUGGGUGGUGGAGAAGGAGAGGAUCCCCAGAAGUUGAAGCGAAUUGCGGCUGCGGCCUACGAUUACGAUAACGACUCCCGCUGGGCAGAUUAUUGGUCCAAUAUUCUCAUUCCGCCGCACUUGGCAUCCCGCAACGAUGUCGUUGACCACUACAAGCGCAAGUUCUACCAGCGUGACAUCGACCCUGAUCUAGUUGUCGAGGCAAUGGCGACCAGCAGCUCAUCCCAGUCGACAACAACAUCAAACCCACCGCAACAAUCCUCGUCAUCAACUGCUAACCCCAGCGAUACUCGCCAAAGGAGUUCAGGGUCCUCUGGUAGAACAUCGGGGGCAUCAACUACUCCACCAACCAAUUCUACAUCAUUGCGUUGGGAUCAACAUACAAUCCAAUUUUCUGUCAAUGCUUGGGUUUUUAUCGUGGCAGUCCUUGCAAUAUUUCCACUUGUUCCAAGGAACCUCUCCAAUCGGGCAUACCGGCUUUCCUUUUUUGGGACUGCAUGUUCUUCCUUGUAUUCGUUGUAUUCACUAUACGGGAAACCUAGAGCAUGGAACUUGCAGGCUGUGCAAGUGUGGUUCCAGUCGGUGGUAGUCACCAAAGAUUUUAUGUACUCAAUCUACUGCCUUACCUUUGUCAGCUCACAUCUGGUUCUCAAAUUUGCUUUACUUCCUAUAAUGUGCCGGGCACUUGAGCAUGUUGCAAAGUUCCUGAGGAGUAACUUUAGUAGAUCAACCAUAUACAGGAAAUACUUGGAAGAUGCUUGUAUUUGGGUAGAAUCAAAUGCAACUACCCUUAGCAUUCUCUCCUCACAGGCUGAAAUUGGACUUGGGUUCCUUCUGAUUAUAUCUUUGUUAUCGUGGCAGCGCAACAUUAUACAAACAUUUAUGUACUGGCAGCUACUGAAGCUUAUGUACCAUGCUCCUGCCACUGCUAGUUAUCACCGAAGUGCAUGGUCUAACGUUGGGCGAAUAGCGAAUCCAUUAAUCCAGCACUACGCCCCAUUUUUGAACACCCCAAUGGCAACCGUUCAAAAAUGGUGGUUGAGAUGAAGUCUUGAGAAGAGGUUAAUGACAAAGAAGUAAAAUCUGGAGUAGGCUGAUUGUUAUAAGAGUCACUUAGACACUCUACGUUGAUUCGAAAACGUCCAGAAUUCUGUAUUUUCGAUUCAAAGCAGUUGGGACUAAAUCAAUGGCAACUAAUAAUCAUUGAAGACCUGGCUUCAUCUAGGUCCCAGUUAGAAGGGAUUCCCAGUUCGGUCUGUAGCUUUAUUUUAUACAAUCAAUCUUUAUGUUUUAUAAUUAUAGCUUUUUCCUCAGCCCACAGGAGGUUAUAUUUGUGAAACUUUAUUUGAGACACCUUGUAGCCUACAGACGUUAUGGGAAAAGUUAUGGAUUGCUUUAGCAUUCAAAUUUCUCAAAAA